CUCCCCUUCCUUCCUCUCUCCGUCUCUCUCCUUCCUCCUCGCUCGCGCGUGCUCCCAAAGUCGCUACCUUUUUCCCACUCUUUCAUUCCGCUUUAUCUGCAUCUUGGGGAUUAGAUUAGGGUUAGCGGCGGCUGUCCACCGUGCCAUGCUGCCCACAGAUUCUUGAUCCCUGGGGGUUAUCGCUUGAUCCGUCUCCCUCAGCCAUGGACCGCCGCCUCAUGGUGGUGCUCUCCGCGGCGGAGUCCGCCGACUACUCCUUCGCGGACGAGUACAAGGGCCCUCCCCUCCCCUACGACAUCCCCCGCGCCGUCCCCAUCGACGUCGACCGCAUCCCCCUCGCCGCCGUUGCCCCGGCCUCCGCCGGCCUCCCCGACCUCCCCGUCGUCCACCCCCUCCCCUCCCCCUCUUCCUCCCCGCUCAAGAAGCCACCGCCUCCUCAUGCGACGCCGGCGCCGCCGCUCCCUGCCGCGUCCCCGACCUCCGUCAUCGAGAACCACGCCGCCAUGGACCGCCCCGGCGCCGAGGUCUCGGGCGCGCUGGGCUCGUUCGGCUUCCCCGACCGCUCCACGGACCUCUCGGAGGUCGUGGACAGCUCCGGCGCCAUUGGGUUCUCCGAUGAGCUUGGGAAUGGCGCGGCUUGGUCUAACGAGAUGAUGCCGAAUCGGCUGUCGACCGAAUCGGCCCUCAGCUCGGAGUUCAGCUUUCUGUCGUCCGCCUCCGGGGACGGGGACGAGGACGAGGCCGUCGCUUUGCAAGCGAAGAAGGCGUUGCUUGUGACCUUCCAAGAAUCCGGCCAGUCCAGUUGUUCCAUGUCUCCGGCGGUAGGGGUUACUCCUCGGGCGAGGUCGGAGGAUUUAGAAAUGAAGACCAAAAAAAGGGCUUGCCAUAGGUGCUUGAAAGGAAGUCGUUUCACGGAAAAAGAGACUUGCUUGGCCUGUGAUGCAAAGUAUUGCAGUGGCUGCGUGUUGAGGGCCAUGGGCUCCAUGCCGGAGGGGAGGAAAUGCAUUUCUUGCAUUGGUUCUCCGAUUCUGGAGUCUAACAGAGAGAGACUGGGGAGGAGCUCCCGGGUGCUUAAAAAGUUGCUGAGUUCCCGGGAGGUGCAGCUGGUGAUGAAGGCUGAGAAGGACUGCGAGGCAAACCAGUUGAGACCAGAAGAUGUUUGUGUUAAUGGAACGAAGCUUAGCUUGGAGGAGAUGGUUUUGUUGCAGAGCUGUUCUUGUCCUCCUAAUUUGAAGCCUGGAUUGUAUUGGUACGACAAGGUCUCAGGUUACUGGGGAAAGGAAGGACACAAGCCCGACAGGAUCAUUACUCCUCAUCUUAAUGUUGGGGGCACUCUAAUGCAAAAUGCAAGCAAUGGAAACACUGGAAUCCUGAUAAAUGGUCGGGAAAUUACAAAAGUUGAGCUGCAGAUGCUUAAGUGGGCAGGAGUCCAUUGUGCUGGGAAUCCUCAUUUUUGGCUGAAUGCUGAUGGGACAUACCUGGAGGAAGGGCAGAAGAAUGUAAAAGGGCAGAUUUGGGAAAAGCCUAUUAUGAAGCUGCUCUGUCCUGUUCUUUCAUUGCCUUUUCCUAGUAAGGUUGCAAAUCCUUCUGGUGAAGAGGUAAAUAACUUGUUCAGUAGAGCUGUUCCUGACUGCUUUGAUACAAAAGCACUCCAGAAACUUCUGUUGGUUGGGCACCAUGAAUCUGGGACUAGUACCAUUUUCAAACAGGCUAAGUUCUUGUAUUCAAGUGUUCCUUUCUCUGAGGAUGAGCGUGAAGAUAUUAAGCUUAUGAUUCAAACCAGCAUAUACAACUACCUUGCCAUACUGCUUGAGGGGCGUGAACGGUUUGAAGAGGAGAGUUUGGAUGAGCAAAGAGACAAGCAGCAUCUAGAUUCUUCAGGAGAUGUUGCAUUUGACAAACAGAAUAAGGUGACAGAAUAUUCCAUCAGUCCACGGCUAAGAGCAUUUUCUGAUUGGCUUCUUAAAAUUAUGGCUUCUGGUAACCUUGAAGCUAUUUUCCCAGCUGCUACUCGAGAAUAUGCACCACUCGUAGAGGAAUUGUGGAAGGAUUCUGCUAUUCAAGCUACAUACAGUCGAAGAAAUGAACUUCAGUCGCUCCCUAGCUAUGCCAGCUACUUCUUAGAGCGGGUUGUUGAUAUAUCCAGAGCCGAGUAUGAGCCCUCUGACAUGGAUAUCCUCUGCGCUGAUGGAAUAAAUUCUUCCAACGGUGUAACAUACGCAGACUUCCCAUUUCCAUGUUUGGCUUGUGUUGGAAGUAGUAUUGAUGAUGAUGAUCAGCAGGAAGCAUUGUUAAGGUAUCAGCUCAUCAGAGUCCAUACCAUGGGCCUUGGAGAAAAUUGCAAAUGGCUGGGCAUGUUUGAAGAUGUCAGGAUUGUGAUUUUCUGUGUUGCCGUUACUGACUAUGACGAAUACUAUGAAGAUGCAAAUGGGAUGGUCAGGAACAAGAUGAUUGAGAGCAGAAGGAUCUUUGAGGGCAUCGCCAGUCAUCCGACCUUUGAGCAGAUGGAUUUUCUUCUGAUACUCAGUAAAAUUGACUUGCUUGAGCAGAAGUUGGACAUGGCCCCUCUAACCUUGUGUGAUUGGUUUGAUGACUAUAAUCCUGUAGUAAGCUAUCAUCCAGAUAACAAAAACAGGCGUGGCGCGCAGAUUGGUGCCACCAAGUCUCAGCAGGCUUUUCACUACAUUGCUGUGAAAUUCAAGAGGUUAUUCUUUUCCAUCACUGGGAGGAAACUCUACGUUGCGCAGGCAAAUGGGUUGGAUGGAGAUUCUGUCGACGCAGCACUUCGGUAUGCAAAGGAGAUUAUCAAGUGGGAAGAAAGGUUGGUCUGUGGCAUCCCCGAAUCGAUGUACAGUACAGAGCCAAGCUCCUAUUCUCACUGACAUUUUCAUGAAACUCAGCUGUAAAUAUAUAUAGUCCUCUCCUUCGCCUUCAUUGUUGCCUUCCUUCAUCGAAAUGUCUUUGGUUGUAUAUGUAUGUAUCCAUUGUUUGUAACAGCUCAUUGCAAGAAAAAAAAUCUCUAGGAUCUAUGCUUUUAGAAGAUUCAA